AUGAUCCUGGGACCAAUCAACGGAGUCGAUUGCGUGGCUUUUGUCAUUUUCUUAAUUCCACAACUGCUGUAUCAAGUAGAUAUUAAUGAGCUACUUGGUGUGAUACUCAGAGUAAUACCAUUCUUGAUUUUCAACCUCCCAUACCAGCUUGUACGUGAACGAUACUUCACCAAAAGACACCUUCAAUCACCCUUUACACAACAUGCCACGCUCUUCCAGGACGUGGUCGUUCGCUGCGUUCGAUAUGCCUUUGCAAAAAUCCCUGCCAGCGUAGGGAGGGUCUUCUUUUCCAAAUGGGUCGCAUACCCGUUCUUUCGAUUCCGCAUGUUGCGACAUGGGUUUCUGCAUUGCCCCAUGUUUUACCGGGAGGUCAUCAGACACGGCGCCAGAGGUCUUUGGAUCGUUGAUGAUCCAGACUGCGACCCCGACAUCAUCAUUUACUAUGCUCAUGGCGGCGGGUUCUCCAUGGGUUCCGCAUAUUUCUACAUCGAGUUUCUCAUGGCAUGGGCAACUCGACUGAAAGAAAGUGGCUUCAAAAACCCCGCGGUGUUCGCUUUGGAGUACACCCUCGUUCCGGAUGCGCAAUGGCCGGUCCAAUUCAACGAGACCCGUGCUGGGUACAGUUUUCUUCGAGACGCGUUUGGUGAUGGUUCAGCAGCGAAGAUCUGUGUGAGCGGUGACUCGGCAGGCGCAACACUUAUCCUGAGCAUGCUUCUCCAGCCGGGUCAUCUCGAACAAGAUCCUCAAUUCCAGUCACUGCAUCGACCAGGUUUAGCCAUACUGCUUUCGCCUUGGACCCAUCUGGUAUCGGAUUUGAACCAGAAUACACCCAGUGACUACUUGGACCGAAACAGCCUGCAUCUGUACGCAAAACAAUAUGCAGGAGAGGCAACAAUGGUUGACAGUGUCAUUUCGCCGGGACUUUGCACUGGGCGUUGGAAACAGGCCUCGCCGCUGAACGGGUUUCGGAUCAUAUACGGGGCUGAAGAGGUCUUUGCCCCCGGGAUCCAAUCGAUGGCAGACCACAUGAAGAAAAACGGCGCGAUGCUCAAGCUCCACGAGCAAGAAGCAGGCAUUCACGCCUGGCCCGUGGUGAAUUUGUUCCUCGGGGCAACUCGAGACGAACGCCUGCAGGGACUGGACAUUAUGACUGAUUUCAUUCUGUCCUCCAGCCUCGCGUCGAGUUUACAGUGA